GAACUGGUCAUUUGGAAAACAGGCAGUAAUUCCUGCAAAUGUCUCCUACACUCGUAUUAUUCCUUUCAGAAUACAUAGUUACACAGAGAAUAGUGCAUCUAAGUAUUUUAUAAUAGACAUUUAAAUGGUUGAGAUGUAUAGCUAUUUAUUUUUUAAAUAGCCAAACAGCCAGGGUUGUUUUGCACUAUAAUUAGUAUUAAGAUUUGUUAGAAAUUAAGUGUUUAUUUUGCGUCAUUGAGGAUGAUUGUGAUCCAGAAUGUGGGGCCCAGUUCCCCGGCGAGGAUUAGGAGACGGUGGGUGAAAAGGGUUAUGUGGGGAGUCCUUUUUGGGCUGAUGGUCCUCAUCUACGGCUCUCAUGCGCCACUCAUCGCUCUCACCAAGGUAGACGGUCACGUCCCUUUCAACCCCUCAUCAUGUGUUGUCAUGACUGAGUUAUCUAAACUCUUGAUUUCUCUAGCGACUCUUGUUCUAACUGGGGGCACAUCCGCCUUACGCGCUCCUCCACCUCUAGUCCGUGUGACCCCCUACGCUGUCCCCGCUGUACUCUACGCCCUCAACAACAACCUGGUACUUCUCAUGCAGGCCUACAUGGACCCGAGCUCAUACCAAGUCCUAUCGAACCUGAAAAUUGCCUCCACGGCCCUGCUGUACUCCUUCUGCCUGGGCAAGAGACUACGGCCUACUCAGUGGUUCGCUCUGGGGCUCCUCAUGGGUGCGGGGGUGUGCCACAGCUACAGCAGCCUGGAUCUAGGGGACCCCGAGAGGGCCGAAGCUGAGGGAGCUCCCAGGCUUCACAUCACAGCUUGGGGGCUUUUCCUUGUGCUGGUGUACUGCUUUGUUUCAGGGCUGGCAGCAGUUUACACAGAGAGGGUGCUGAAGAGCCAGAAGCUGCCCCUCAGCUUGCAGAAUCUCUACCUCUAUGUGUUCGGCGUGGCCAUCAACGGGCUCUCCUCCUUCUCCUUCGUUACAGCUGAAAAGAGCUUUCUGGAGGGAUACUCGGGGGUGGUCUGGGCCAUCAUAGCAGGACAGGCAGCCAACGGCCUCCUGAUGUCUGUGGUGCUCAAGCACGGCAGCGGGAUCACCAGACUGUUUGUCAUUUCCUGCUCCAUGCUGGUGAACGCUCUGUUGUCUUGGGCCAUCUUAGGGCUGCAGCUCACACCUUCUUUCCUCCUACCCGUCUCGUUGAUUGGACUGGCAGCUUACCUUUACUACAGAUAGUAAAUAACUCGACCACAUUGAACUCAUUACAGUCUACCUGGACUUCUGUUUCCUCGUCUUUCAGAUGGGAUUUGUUUUCUGCCUUAUAUCUGUUUGCCUUCAGAAAUCCAGACUUUUGAUUUGUUACCAUAUACCAUAUUAUGUUUGGACAUUUAUGUCAGCUGGAGGCUAAUUUGACAUCAUAUUUUAGAAUAUAAUUUAUAAUUCUGUCACACUGAUGAAAGUCAAAUAAUAAUGCAAGUCAGGAUUAUUAUAUCUUCAGCUCAACAUUUCUGAAGAGUGCUGCUAUUACCGUUUUGUUUUGUAUUUCAUUCUCUGCCAAGAACAACGUCAAAGACAAUAUCAGUGUUAUAAAGUGUUUUAAUGAUUACAAAUAAAUUGUCAAAACUA